UUCGCAGCUAGAAUGGAAGUUGAGUCUUUCCGAGGAAAAUUUGAAUGGGCGGUAGGGAAAAGUAGGGUUGAGCGUGUCAUUGAAUUCAACAGCGACCAAUAUAAACAGUCUUCUCAGUGUACGAGAGAAGUUUUAUUGCAUGCUAUGAGGGCAGGCCUGCCGGAUUGAUUGCAUUACAAAUUAAAAAUGACCCUGAGGUAGGGAGUGGCGGUUGCUGCAAUAUGUGUUGUAAGCUUGGAUGCAUUGCUUCCUGUGGGCUGUGUUGUAUGCAUUGUGUGUUGAAUGAGCCAGUGAAACACACAGGGGAGUGCUACAUCAACCAUAUAUGUGUUGACAGUAAUUAUCGAGGUAAAGGUAUCGGUAAAUUCCUAUUGCAAUAUGGGGAGUCUGAAGCAAAGAGACUUGGAUGCACUCGAAUGACUCUUUACGUGGCUGAAACUAAUAGAGCUAAGAAUUUAUACGAGAGACAAGGUUACGUUGUCACUAAUAAUGAAGAUGGCUGGUUAUUUACUUACUGUGCUGUAGGAGUGCGGCGAUGGUGCAAAAUGGACAAAGUUAUUCAGUAAAAGGACUCCAGGAUUUAUGUUAUUGAAUUUAAAAAACAAUCUUAAUGAGUUUUUUAACAAAAUUAAAAAAAAUAUAUAUAUAUAUAUAAUUAUAGGAUUACAGAGUAUAAUCUUUAGG